AUGUCGCUUGUUCUUCAGGCCAAGGGCAUUUCUGCUGGGCACAAAUCCACUGAUCUUGCAAUGUCGGCCACAUACGCUCAGAAGCAACCUCGUCGCGGCCGCGGCACAGUUGGCCCUCCAGAGUUCAAAUGCACUAUGUCCCUGCGCGGAUCUGUGGAGGAUGCCUCUCCCGAGCUCAUCCCAGAUCACCCGCCGCCAUGGCUGCAACAGGUGCCACCUGGGUCAAAGUUGCUGUGGACUCGCGUCUUUCUUGAUGGGGGGAGUGAGGUGCGCGAGUCUGAAUAUGGGGUUUAUCAUAGCCCUCAAGAGUUCUUGCAUGAGGCACUUAAGGUGACGCACCCCUUCGAUAGUGCCGUGGCCAUUCAUGGGCCCAACCUCAGGGCCAUCGCUUAUGUUCUUGAACAUGGUGUUAAUAAGGGAGUUGAGCAGAAGCGCCGGGCGGUGCUUGAACAUUACAAAGCCCUGGAACGUUCCCUUCACGACGAGGAGCAGCGGUUGAAGCAAGGGAUGGAUCCUACAGUUCGCCAGGUGAUGGGGUCAAAGAAACUCCUCUUGUUCAGGCAAAUGCUUAUCGAUGCGGGGGUCCCUGACGAGAACCUUUUCAAUGAUAUGGUCAAUGGGUUUCGCUUGACGGGUACCUUGGAACCUUCCGGGUUGUUUCCUCCCAAGUUUAAGCCUGCGGUGAUUUCGGUUGCUGAGCUUAAGCGUUCCGCUGCAUGGUCUAAGCAUCUCAUUGAGGGUGCGUGUCGCAAGGCGUCAAGGGAUCCGGACGUCGCUCGAGCAGUGUGGAAGGAAUCCUUAGAACAGGUGGGAAAGGGAUGGCUUUCAGGGCCAUUCACUUGGGAUCAGAUGGACGAGAAGUACGGUGGCGCUUGGGUUGCUUCAAAGCGUUUUGGCGUAACACAGGGGGACAAAGUUCGUGCAGUGGAUGACCUGUCCCAGUUUCAGGUGAAUGCAUCGGUCACGGAGACGGAGAAGAUCCAACUUGAGGGUCUGGACGACAUUGUUGUGUACUUCGAGAGCUUCGCCCUGCCCUUCGGCGCGAGCAGUGCGGUGACGGGUUGCAAUCGUGCGGCCCGGGCCUUGCGUAUCAUCAUGUCCCGCCUCUUGUAUCUUGUGAACACUUCGUUCUUUGACGAUUACUGCCAAAUGGAGCUUGAGGGCCUCACUGAUUCCGCUGAUUAUGCUGCCUUGGAGCUUCUCCGCCUUUUGGGGUGGGAG